AAUCACUUCAAAAACCUGUCACUAUGGGCAGUUCCACCCAAAGCUCCGGAAAAAUAACACCAUUCCAACAGAUGAUAUCUUCAGGGUCCGGAGCUUUGAUAACCAGUCUCUUUGUGACUCCUCUUGAUGUAGUAAAAACAAGACUGCAAGCUCAGCUCAAGCCUAUCCCAAAAUCUCCAUGUUACCUGUUCUGUAAUGGUCUCAUGGAUCAUCUGUGUUUAUGUGCCAAUCUUGGAUCCCCUUUCCAUCCAUUUCCUCAUGCUCCUCAUCCUCCUUUUGAUUCAACAUUGGAUGCUUUGAUGAAAAUUCCUCGCUAUGAAGGCAUCUCAGCAUUGUGGAGAGGCUUACCACCAACUCUAGUUAUGGCUGUUCCAAACACAAUGAUAUAUUUUACUCUUUAUGACCAGCUUAAAGUGGUGUAUGGAUUUAAAGAGGGAGAGGAAAACUUUUGGUCACCAAUGUGUGCUGGAGUUACUGCUCGAACUGCCUCCAUCACAUGCAUAUCACCAAUAGAAAUGAUCAGAACCAAACUGCAGUCAAGAAAGGAAUUUAGUUAUAAAGAGCUUGUAAGUGUUAUUAAGAAUGCCAUUCAGCAAGGGGGAAUGUUAUCACUCUGGCAUGGAUUAGGACCUACACUGCUCAGGGAUGUACCAUUCUCAGCUGUUUAUUGGAUGGGCUAUGAAGUCCUAAAAUCAAAGUUUGUUGAGCCAGGAUUUAUUGCUAGUUUUUCAUCGGGAGUGCUGUCUGGAGCUAUGGCUGCAUUGAUAACAACUCCAUUUGAUGUGGUUAAAACACACAGACAGAUGGAACUUGGUGAACUUGUGUUUAAAAAUGCCAGUGCUGUCAAGAAGUUGCCUUUUACAUUCUCACUGAUUUUCCAGUUGUAUAGAGAAAGUGGAUGGAAAAGUCUCUUUGCUGGUGUAUCAGCAAGACUGAUAAAAGUGGCACCAGCAUGUGCUGUCAUGAUCAGCACUUAUGAAUAUUCCAAGUCUUUUUUUCGCCAAUACAACAUGGAGAAGGCUACAUCAGCAACAGUAACUAAAAUGUUCUGAUUCAGGGGCUCUUCAGAAGUAAACACUGAAGUGAACACCAGGAGGUACCUCAGGCAGUGCUCAGCUAUUGUUCUUUUAGCUGAAUCUGUUGAAAUGGAAGCAGGUGGACAUUUUUGACAUCGCUACUUGGUUUCAGCAUGGAAAAAAAGGACCAGUACUUUCAAUCAAGUGAUGGAAUGGAUUAACUUAACUUAACAGCAAUGUAGCUGUUCAAGAGCAAGCUUUGGUUACUAUAUGUGGUAAAUGAUUGACCAGAAAUGGCAGCCAGUAGCCAGGAAUUGGUUGCACUACCAGCAAGCUUAAGUUGGCAAUCAGACACCAACUUUUACUUCCUCUGUCAACCUAGGAUCUUUUGUAAUAUUGUCAAACCAUGUUCACUGUUUUAAGAAAGUCCAUUAUGUAUUGAAUCUUUGCAGUUUUCAUCCACAUAGUAUGUAUUCUGCUAUGUUGAAUAGUCUAUUAUGUCCUGGAUUAUCAACUCCUAUUCAGCUGGUAAUUUAUCUCUAUUCGAUCAGGCAGAACUGAAGAAACAGCAAUGUAAUGUGAAUAUUCUCAAAUUAUGAUAUCAUUAAUCCUUUGACCUGUAAGAGUGAUUUGCAUCUAAUUCCCCUCUUACAAUAUCACCCUUGAAUCAAACAUUAAUUAAGGUCACAAGAUUAAACUAAAGCAGCUCUUGUUUGCACCUUAGGAAAUGUGUAGUGAAUAGUAUGGAGAAUAUGCAUACUGAUGCUAGGUGUUAAGGGUUAAAAGUAAUUAAUAAAGGUCUGAGUAAGGAAAUAAGAGAAAGUUUUGGUCAAAUACAGAGUUAAAUAUACUACACACAACUCCCAUAUGUACAUGUAGGCAGUUUUAAAUCAUGAACAUCCUUUUCAAUGACUAAGUUUUCAAAGUCAUUUGGUUGUGAACUGUAUGUCUCUUGCUAAAUGGAGAGAAAAUGUUUGAAAGAGCUCCAACAAAGAUAAAAUUUGCUGUGCAAUACCCAAACAAGGCAUAUGGGUACUACACCAACUAGAGUAAUGUCAACUUAUAACUGUUGAUGAUUUUCAUUUGAGAGAAGUUGUUCUGCAACUGUUGCUAAAUCAUUAAGGUCGGGUUGUCGUGGAGUUACAAAUGGAGGAUGUUCUCUUCUGGCUUUAAACAGUUCUGUUGGGGCUCUACAAACAAACUCCAUACAUUCCAUCGGUCUAGGAGUGUCUUCUUCAGGUCCUGAAAAAUUGAAACAUCAGAGUUCUUCUGUUAGAGUUAAACCUGUCUUCUACAUAGUCUGAAAAUAACUUGAGACAAAGCAAGAGAAACCAUGAUGUUAACCGACAUGUUUCAUAUUCAUCACAAGUACACAUACUUUACCCGGUAAAAAGAGAGCAGGAUCAAAGUGUGAUGGUUUAGGAACCAUAGGUAGAAGCCAUGUAAUAACUGCAGUUUUCUGUGCAUACUGAUCUUGAAGAAAGCCUUUAAGCUGGGCAUAAUACAGAUCACCCUCUAUGUCUUCGAUGGAUACUAUGUCACCAGCCUGGUAAAGAAUACCCUUUAACAAAUGCAAAUAAAUGAAACACUUAACUGUGUCAGGUAUCAUGUACAAAUGUCCACCUUCCCUGUCUCAACAACAACCAACUCAUAAACCACCAUUUGGAAA